AGGAAGCCCCGUGUGCGCCUUUUGCGUGAGCGGUUGGCCUUGUACUCUUGGCGGCUGUGGUUACCUGGACCAACAGACCUAUGUCUGCCGUUGAAGCGCGGCUCGUGGGCCGGGUGUCCAGGUCCCGUUCUCCCGAGGGCACCCUGGGCGCUCAGCGACGGCGGCGCAGCUCUUCGGGAACUCUGCCGCCCGUGUGGACCGAAAGCUCUCCCUACGACGACGGUUUCCUUCCUCGCUCCCCCGGCCUCGAGGGCCUGUGGGGUGGGGCAGGCGUCCGCCCUUCUCACCCAGUUAGCCACUCGGGGUCCCGAGAGCGGGCCCCAGGGCCAAGCAACCAUAGCCUCUCCAACUCCUGCUCCCUCUGCUGUGGUGGGUACCGGUACCGCCACCGCUAUACUGGCGACUGGCAGUGGGCAGACUAUGAGAAAGAGAAGGAAGAGAGCUGUCGGCGGAGGCUGAAGGAGAGGGAGCGGAUUGGGGAGCUGGGAGUGCCGGAGUUGUGGGGCCUGUCACCAAAGUCUCCUGAGCCAGAUUCCGACGAACAUACUCCAGUUAAAGAUGAUAUAAAGAACGGGAAGAGCAGUGCUUCAGAAUUCAGCUCUAAAGAAAAGAGGAAGAGGACCAGUUGUUCAAAAGUGAAAAAAAGAAAGAAAAAGCCCUCCAAGAGAAAGCAUAGAAAGUAUUCUGAUAAAGACUCAGAGUCUGACAGUAAUUUUAGCUCUGAUAAAGAUACAAAGAGAGUCAAAAAAGCCAAAAAGAAAGAAAAGAGAAAAAAACACAAAAGAAAACCCAAGAAAAAGAGUAAAAGGAUGAAAAAUCUCAGUGAAACAAGUUGUAAAGAAGGAAAAUUGCCAGAAAAUAUCUGGAUUGAGCAGUCAAAAACUGCAGAUGCCAAGAGUUUGUCAAUAGGUCCCGAAGCACCGAUAAUACAUACUUGUCAAGAUGAGAAGUCUUUAAGUUAUGGCCAUGCUCUACUUCCAGGUGAAGGUGCUGCUAUGGCAGAGUAUGUAAAAGCUGGAAAGCGAAUCCCACGAAGAGGUGAAAUUGGAUUGACAAGUGAAGAGAUUGCCUCAUUUGAAGGCUCAGGUUAUGUCAUGAGUGGUAGUAGACAUCGCAGAAUGGAGGCUGUACGACUGCGUAAAGAGAACCAGAUUUACAGUGCUGAUGAGAAGAGAGCCCUUGCAUCCUUUAACCAAGAAGAGAGACGAAACAGAGAGAAUAAAAUUUUAGCCAGUUUCCGAGAGAUGGUAUACAGAAAGACAAAAGGGAAAGAUGACAAGUAAAGACAUGUUUGUUACACAGCAGGACCUUUUAUUUUGUUUUUAAAAUUUUUAAAAUUUUUUUGUUUUUUGA